UUUUUUAAACAAAAUGAUGUACUUUUUAUUCAAAAAGUAUAAGCUAAAGUCGUCACUUAUAAGCAACUGAGUAGCAACAUCUGUGAUCUUUGUAAUGCAUUAUAUAAUUUUUUAUUGUCUGUUUUACUCUUUGAAUACAAUAUCUCUACUAACAGCAGCUCAAGCUUUAACUUCUAAAGAGACUGAAGGCCAAGUUUGUCCUGAUGGCUGGGUUAAAUAUGGAAUGUAUUGUUAUCUUUUCCAAACUGGAAGUCCCACACAAUCUGGAAAAAGUUGGACAGAUUCUUUUUCAUAUUGUUUAAAUAAUGGGGGAAAUUUGCUCAGUGUAGCAGAUCAAGAAGAAAAUUUAUUCAUUUUAAACUAUCUCAAAAAUAACAGCAUGAACGAUUUGCAUUUCUGGAUUGGUCUCAAUACUCUUCAGAAAAGAUUUGAUUGGUCUGAUAAUACAACUCCGUUAUUCUUUAAUUGGAGGCAGGAUCAACCUGACAAUUCCUUUGGAGGAGAAAACUGCGUGGAAGUAAGUUCUUAUGGUUGGAGUGAUGCUAGUUGUGAUAAUCUUUAUGGAUUUGUAUGUAAAAUUAAAAAAGAAGGUUUUGGUUGUUUAAACAGCCUCUUUGAGUUUGGGAGCUAUUGUUAUCUUUUUCAUAGUGAAAGUGCAACACAGAAUGGAUUAAACUGGAAAAUGUCUUUUACUGUAUGUCAAACAAUGGGAGGAAAUUUAUUAAGUGUUACAAGUCAAGCUGAAAAUUCAUUUAUUAUAAACCACCUAAGAAACAACAGUAUGAACGAACUGCAUUUCUGGAUUGGCCUGAAUAAUCUUCAAAGAACCUUUGCUUGGUCUGAUCAUACAGCUUUGUUAUACUUUAGUUGGAGCAAGGAUCAACCUAAUAAUUAUUUAGGAGUAGAAAACUGCGUAUCACUAAAUUUUAAUGGUUGGUACGAUACUAGUUGUGAUGAUCUUCUUGGUUUUAUAUGUAAAUUUAAUGGAGAGUUUAAUGGUCAAGUUUGUCCUGAUGGGUGGAUUAAGAAUGGAAUCUAUUGUUAUCUAUUUCAAAAUGGAAAUGCCGCACUAAAUGGAAAGAAUUGGAUAAACUCUCUUUCAUAUUGUUUAAAUAAUGGAGGAAAUUUGUUGAGUGUAGCAAAUCAAACAGAAAAUUUAUUUAUUUUAAACUACCUCAAAAAUAACAGCAUAAAUAGCUUUUUCUGGAUUGGUCUCAAUACUCUUCAGAGAUCUUUUGUUUGGUCUGAUAAUACAGCUCCGUUAUUUUUUAAUUGGAGGCCGGGUCAACCUGAUAAUUAUUUAGUGAAAGAGCACUGCGUUGAAAUAAAUUCUUAUGGCUGGAAUGAUGCAGAUUGUGAUAAUCUUUAUGGAUUUGUUUGUAAAGUUAAAAAAGAUGUUGUAUCUGUAUUUACAGAUGAUACUAAGUUAUACAGUUUGCUUUUUGAUAGCUCAUCAUGCAUUUAUUGUGAUUUUUAUCUUUUAUGCCCAGUUAGCAAUAUGAGCUUUUUUACUUCGGUUGGAGGAGAUGAGAAACAAUCUACAGUGGCAAUCUUAUUACAGCUAAUGGCCAAAGAAGUUUGUUUUUCAUACUCAGUGUAUGGAAUGAAACAAAAACGUCCUGCAAGGUUGUUAUAA